CUUUUAUUUUCUUGCACCUUUUUUCCUUGAAUUUAUUCAUAUGAAAUUAUCAAACUACCUACACUAAUUAAAGUCUCUUUUCACGUGCGAAGAUCAUAAACACAAAGAAAAAAGUGCAAAAAGAUAAAAUAGACUAAUUCUCCACUAUAUGAUUUUCAAGCAGCGAUAAUGUCAAAAUUAUUUUUAUUGGUAUCAAAAUUUCAACCCAUAAAAAUAUUGUACAUUACACAUGGUAUAAGUCUUUGCAAUCUCAAAUCAAAGAUUGAGCUAUUUUUUGAAGUAAUAGGCAAAGCAUGGGACACUAGUCAAAUUUCAAGUCUUUUCACCGUAAAAUUACUCCUACUUUAUCCCGACGUUUCAUUUAUGCCCACCGAAACCGACAGUAAAACCAGGAACAAGAGGUAGAAUCGAAAUCCAACUCUUCUUCCACUUCCAAUUCCAAUUCCAAUUCCAAUUCUUCCCACGGAUCCGAUCCUAUUUCUUCUUCAAAAAAACCUAGGAUUUGUAUCAAACAAUCAAACUCCAAACCUCGAAUCAGGCCAAUUCCAAUGGCGAAGGGAAGGAACACUAGUACGCGGCAUCACCACGCCAAGAGAUCGUCGUCCACCGUCGCCCUCGUCCUCUCGAUGCUCCUGAUGCUGACCUUAGUCCUCUUGAUUCUUCUCGCUCUGGGCAUUCUCUCUCUCCCCGUUAGCUCCGACGACGCUCCUCCCGGGAUCGGCGGCAGCUUCAAGUUCGGCCGCAGGGCUGGGGUUUGGGGUGGUGGUGAUGUGUUGGGGAAGAGAGGAGAGCAGUGGACUGAAAUCAUUUCUUGGGAGCCUAGAGCGUUCGUUUAUCAUAAUUUCUUGUCCAAGGAGGAAUGCGAAUACUUAAUAAAACUUGCCAAGCCUCAUAUGGCAAAGUCAACUGUUGUUGAUAGCAAGACUGGUCAGAGUAAAGAUAGCAGGGUGCGGACGAGUUCUGGAAUGUUUUUGAAGAGGGGACGGGAUAAAAUCAUCAGGAACAUAGAAAAAAGGAUAGCAGACUUCACUUUUAUUCCUGUAGAGCAUGGAGAAGGACUGCAAAUUCUCCACUAUGAAGUUGGACAGAAAUAUGAGCCUCAUUUUGACUACUUUCUUGAUGAGUUUAACACAAAAAAUGGGGGCCAAAGAAUAGCAACCGUCCUCAUGUAUUUGUCAGAUGUAGAAGAAGGGGGUGAGACCACCUUUCCUGCAGCUACAGGAAACAUUAGUUCUGUGCCAUGGUGGAAUGAGUUGUCUGAAUGCGGUAAAAAGGGCCUUUCGGUGAAGCCAAGGAUGGGUGAUGCAUUGCUCUUUUGGAGCAUGAGGCCUGAUGCCUCACUAGACCCAUCCAGUUUGCAUGGUGGUUGUCCCGUUAUUAGUGGAAACAAGUGGUCGUCUACUAAGUGGAUGCAUGUCGAGGAAUACAAGGCCUAACCCAUAACUAUCCAGGUUACCUGGACAUGUUUAUGGCCAAUUUUUGGUGGUUUUUGCGAUGAAUGGCAUUGGGAUACCACUACCAGCUAAAUUCCGACGUAAUUUCAGGCGCUCUCCCUAAUGCUGCUGUAACACUUCCUAACUAUGGAACAAUGUUCGAUGAGCUUUUGUUUAGCUUUGUAAUGGCAUAUGGUUGUACCUCGUUCUUUGGCCUUUGAUGACAAUAAUACUGGCCUGGUUUGGCCAAGAGUGAAUAUAUUAUUCAUCUUAAUGUAGAAUAAUAGGAAAUCAGAAGCAGUUGAUAGAUUGGUAUAUAACUGUAACUUGAGACUAACACUGCUAUUUAGUUAGUGAAUUGCAUUCCAUUUGUUAA